CCGGACGGUGUCGUUUGAAUGAGCAUAUAAAAUAGUCUUGUCGCGGAACUGGUAAACAGAAAAAGUGAGAAGUUGAAGCAGGAGAAUCAAAGAGCUCAGAGCAACAAUCGCACACUUAUCGCCAUGGAUUACUUGAAAACGGUAGUGCCGUCACAACUCAUCGCCGAGAGAGGCUCUAAUUUAGUUGUCAUAAAUCCAGGUUCUGCAAACGUUAGAAUUGGACUUGCACCACAGGAUACUCCUUAUGAUAUUCCUCACUGUAUCGCUCGUUACACCAAUCAAACUCCUAAAUUAAAUGUUAAAGAUCAGAUGCUGAAUUCUCAGGUCACGACAGCACAACACAUGGAGCGCGAGAAAGCGUAUGAUAUUAUUGCUUCGUAUUUGAAGAUACCGUUUCUAGACGAAGAGGUUGCUAAUAGUUCUUUCCCGCGCAAGACUGGACGUGUUGAUGGAUUUAAUUCGCAGAGUGGAAGGAAGGAUGUGCCUUUAACAUGGACUAAUGUGUAUGAGAAGGAAACUGAUUUUUCUUUGGCAUCGGAAAGACCAACAAAUGAAGGUCAGAUCGGCGAGUCUGCAGAGAAGCAUGGAAAUGCAGAUGCUAAGGAGGCUAGCACAAGUAAAUACCGAAAAUUCAUUUGUGGUGGGGAAGCACUAAGAAUUUCCCCUGCAGAGCCAUAUUGCUUACAUCGUCCUAUUCGAAGGGGUCAUUUAAACAUUUCACAGCAUUAUUCCUUGCAGCAGGUGCUUGAGGACCUGCAUGCUAUUUGGGAUUGGAUUUUGAUAGAGAAACUGCAGCUUCCUCAUUCUGGAAGAAAUAAGUUUGCUGCGAUCCUUGUUUUGCCUGAAACAUUUGAUAAUCGUGAAAUAAAAGAAAUGAUAUCUGUUGUGCUACAAGAUUUGUGCUUUAGCUCGGUAGUAGUACACCAGGAAGGUAUUGCAGCAAUUUUUGGAAAUGGGUUAUCAACAGCAUGUGUCGUAAAUAUUGGUGCUCAAGUGACAUCUGUCAUCUGCAUUGAGGAUGGAGUUGCUGUACCUAAUACAGAAAAGACUUUGCCCUUCGGCGGAGAGGACAUAUCUAGAUGUCUGCUCUGGACUCAGAGGCAUCAUCAGACAUGGCCCCAAUUUCGAACUGACAUUUUGACAAAGCCUAUAGACAUGCUGAUGCUUAACAGGCUGAGGGAGUCUUAUUGUGAGAUCAAGGAGGGAGAGGUCGAUGCUAUUGCUCUAGUUCAGUCUUAUGAGGAUGGUAUGCCAGCUGGAUCUCAUAAAACCAGGCUAAAUGCUCUUAAUGUACCUCCUAUGGGUUUGUUCUACCCAAUGCUGUUUGUUCCAGAUGUUUAUCCUCCACCUCCACGUUCAUGGUUCCAUGACUGUGAGGAUAUGCUAGAAGAUGCAUGGCAUGUGGAAUACCCUCGAAAACCAGACAUGUCAGAUGGUUUAUAUCCUGGUUUUAAUGGAUUGCCAAUGUGGGAUAACUAUCCAGUUUUUGCUUCUAAGCCUAAGAAAGAAGAGAAGAUUGGUCUUGCAGAAGCUAUCACCAAUAGCAUCCUCUCAACUGGGCGUAUAGACUUGAAGAGGAAACUAUUUUGCAGCAUACAAUUGAUUGGUGGAGUGGCUUUGACACAUGGUCUCAUUUCUGUAGCAGAAGAGAGAGUCUUACUUGCAAUUCCUACUAAUGAAGCAAUUGACACUGUCGAGGUUCUGCCGUCGAGAACUACUCCAACUUUUGUGACCUGGAAAGGUGGAGCUAUUCUUGGAAUUCUUGAUUUUGGUCGGGAUGCUUGGAUACAAAGGGAGGACUGGAUACGGAACGGGAUUCACGUUGGUAGUGGCAGAAAGUACAAAGACUCUUACUUUCUACAAGCACAAGCUAUGUGUUACAUAAAUUCUUGAAGGAGACAGGAGCCAAAACUUUGGCUUACAAAUAUCAAUUUUCUAGGUAAUUACUCAAACGAUGCGACUUCCAUCCUCAUCCUCCAUAAUUAUGAGAUUUUACCCAGUAAGGUGGAACUGGUUUUGCUUUCGACCUUUGCGUUGAAGAGAGUGACUUACUAUGCUGGAGGAACGACUGAUUUUUUUAUGCUAACAAUUAUUAAUUUCUCUGUACCAUAGAUUUUGGACGCGAAUGUGAAUAUCAACUACAUUCGGAUGCAAAAUGUAACAUCAACUGCUGCUGUAUAAUAUGAUAACAGUGAUAUUAAAUUUCUUCUUCCCUAA